AUGGCAAAUCUCACUCUACCCUUCAAAUGCUUCAUCUUCUUCUCCUUCCUCCUCAUGAUCUCUCAAACACCUUCAUCAUCAUCAUCAUUAUCAUCUUCUUCUUCUUCACAAUAUUCCUCUAAUAACAACCAUGAGAUUCAACCUCAAAACCCUACUUCAACCAUCCCUCAAAUAUCUCACUACCAUCAAGUGUUCUACCUCAAGAACACCAACCCUAACGCCGACCCUCCGAGACGACAAGAAAGAAUCAAGAGGAGGAGGAUGAACAGAAACAAGAACAAGAAGCAUAGGAAACACAGGAAGAAGAUAGUCAAGAACAUGAUGAAGUCACCACCAAGAGCUUUCUCUGUGAUGCUUCCAAAGGGUUUUGUUCCUCCUUCCGGUUCUUCGCCGUGUCACAACGAUCAACCUAACUCCAUGUCAUUCCACUGCCAUCUCUCUUCAUCAGAACCUUGA